GAGGAAGCCGGGCGGCCAUCUUGGCUCGUCCGGGAGCGGCGGAGGGGCGGGGGGCAGGCAGGCGAGCGUCGGGCGGGCACCCAGCUUCCCCAGGCCGGCCGCCGCCCGCGGGGUGCCGGCCUUUUCGGAGCCUGGGGCGGGCGGGUAGAGGCGCGCCGGGAUGCGAGCGGCGGCCCGGUGAAGCGGGGCCGCGGCGGGGGAAGGAGAGGGGAGCCCCCUCGGCGGCGGGCCUGCGCUAGCCGUCGUGCCCCGGCUGCAGGGGAGAGGGGCCGGCGAGAGGCGCGGGGCUGCGCGGCGCCCCGCUGCCUCCUCAUCCUGCCCGCCCGCCCGGCGUUUCCCCCUCCCGGAGCCGCUCCCUCGCCGCCUCCCUCCUCCCGGCUCCAUCCUUCCCCGCUUGAUGAGGCGGCCCCCUCCCCGCUGCUGACCCCCGCGGACCCCGGCCUGGCUGUAGGAUGAGCCCGGAGGACUCGGAGGGGGCGAGGCCGCUCCGCUCCCUGAGGGGGAUCUAGCUCGGGCGUGGGGCGCCGCCGGAGGGUGGGGGGCACCGACGCGACGCCGCCCCCCGCCAGCCACCUCGUCCUUCAUGGUGGCUCCCUGCGACCACCAUCUCCGAGCAGACGCGCAGCCCGGCCCGGGGGCCCGUGUGUGUGUGUGUGCGCGCCGCCGUCGCGGGCAGCGCGGCCGCCCGAGUGAAGUAAAAUGUCCACUCGGACUCCAUUGCCCACGGUGAACGAGCGCGACACCGAGAACGAUGUCGGCUCAUCAUUGGGGGAAGGCUUUUGCGAAAAGCACACGUCCCAUGGAGACGGACGGCAGGAAGUUUCCUCUCGAACUGGGCGCUCUGGAGCUCGCUGCAGGAACUCUAUAGCUUCUUGCGCAGAUGAGCAGCCACAUAUUGGAAACUACAGACUCCUUAAAACGAUUGGAAAGGGGAAUUUUGCAAAAGUAAAACUGGCAAGGCACAUCCUAACUGGCAGAGAGGUUGCCAUAAAAAUAAUUGACAAAACACAGCUGAACCCAACUAGUCUACAAAAGCUCUUUAGAGAAGUAAGAAUAAUGAAGAUCUUAAAUCAUCCAAAUAUAGUGAAGCUAUUUGAAGUCAUUGAAACUGAAAAAACCCUCUAUUUAAUAAUGGAAUAUGCAAGUGGGGGGGAAGUGUUUGACUAUCUGGUUGCACAUGGAAGAAUGAAGGAGAAGGAGGCUAGAGCUAAAUUUAGACAGAUAGUAUCUGCAGUGCAGUAUUGCCACCAAAAGCAUAUUGUUCAUAGAGAUCUCAAGGCUGAAAAUCUAUUGCUAGAUGCAGAUAUGAACAUUAAAAUAGCUGACUUUGGUUUUAGCAAUGAGUUUACAGUUGGAAAUAAACUGGACACCUUUUGUGGCAGCCCACCAUAUGCUGCUCCAGAGCUUUUUCAAGGGAAAAAAUAUGAUGGACCUGAAGUAGAUGUUUGGAGUUUAGGUGUUAUUCUUUAUACCCUUGUGAGUGGAUCUCUUCCUUUCGAUGGACAGAACUUAAAGGAACUUAGAGAAAGAGUGCUAAGGGGAAAAUACAGGAUUCCUUUCUACAUGUCCACAGACUGUGAAAACCUCCUCAAACGUUUCCUGGUGCUAAACCCCACAAAAAGAGGCACUCUAGAGCAAAUUAUGAAGGACAGGUGGAUCAAUGCAGGGCAUGAGGAGGACGAACUUAAACCUUUUGUUGAACCAGAAUUAGACAUCUCGGACCAGAAAAGAAUAGAUAUUAUGGUAGGAAUGGGAUAUUCUCAAGAAGAAAUUCAAGAAUCCCUUAGUAAAAUGAAGUAUGAUGAAAUCACAGCUACAUACUUACUGCUAGGAAGGAAAUCAUCAGAGUUCGAUGCAAGUGAUUCAAGCUCCAGCAGCAAUCUUUCACUUGCCAAAGUUAGGCCAAGUAGUGAUCUUAAUAAUAGCACUGGACAAUCUCCUCAUCACAAAGUUCAGAGAAGCAUAUCUUCUAGCCAGAAACAGCGGCGGUACAGUGAUCACGCUGGACCAUCCAUCCCCUCAGUAGUGGCAUAUCCCAAAAGAAGCCAGACUAGUACUACAGACAGUGACCUCAAAGAGGAAGGAAUUCAGUCAAGAAAAUCCAGCAGUAGUGCUGUUGCAGGAAGAGGAAUUGCACCAGCUAGUCCAAUGCUUGGAAAUGCCAGCAAUCCCAAUAAGGCUGAUAUUCCUGAACGUAAGAAAAGUUCGGCUGUUCCUAGUCUUCUCAGUCGUUCCUGGAAAAUUGACCACCAACUUGGGCAUAUCUCCACCCUCUUUCUCUGUAAAGACAGAGGCAAAAAUAAUACUGCCCCUGGAGCAAUGACACGGCGCAACACAUAUGUUUGUAGUGAAAGAACCACUGCUGAUAGGCAUUCAGUGAUACAAAAUGGCAAGGAGAACAGCCUGACAGAAAUGUUCGCUUACGCAGCUAGCCCUGCUUCAGUUUGUACUACAUCCUUCUCCAGUGUUCGGCUGCGACAUCAGAAGUCGAUGUCCAUGUCAGCCUCUGUGCACACGAAGAUGAUGUUGCCUCCAAUAGACAAUGGCGCAGAUAACUUCAGGCCUAUCACUAUUCCUGAUCAAAGAACUCCUGUUGCUUCAACUCACAGCAUUAGCAGUGCAACCACACCUGAUCGUAUUCGUUUCCCCAGAGGAACGGCUAGUCGGAGCACUUUCCACGGCCAGCUCAGAGAGCGACGUACUGCUACCUACAACGGACCACCAGCCUCCCCCAGUCUGUCCCAUGAAGCAACACCACUCUCACAGACUCGAACCAGGGGUUCCACUAACCUGUUUAGUAAACUAACUUCAAAACUAACAAGAAGAAACAUGUCAUUCAGGUUUAUCAAAAGGCUCCCGACUGAAUAUGAGAGGAACGGGAGAUUUGAGGGCUCAAGCCGCAAUGUAGCUGUGGAUCAGAAGGACGAGAACAAGGAAGCCAAGCCUCGGUCGCUGCGUUUUACCUGGAGCAUGAAAACCACCAGCUCCAUGGAUCCCAAUGACAUGAUGAGGGAAAUACGAAAGGUCCUGGAUGCCAAUAAUUGUGACUAUGAACAAAGAGAGCGUUUCUUGCUUUUCUGUGUCCAUGGAGAUGGGCAUGCGGAAAACCUUGUACAGUGGGAGAUGGAGGUGUGUAAACUGCCAAGACUGUCCCUGAAUGGAGUUCGCUUUAAGCGGAUAUCGGGAACAUCCAUAGCUUUUAAAAACAUUGCUUCCAAAAUUGCCAAUGAGUUAAAGCUGUAACAAGAAAAAUAGUUAAGUUGUAAAUUAGUUAGCAAUUUCAAGUGUUUUCGAGAAUUCCGAUGGAAAUGUAUAGAAUAACAUUUAGGCAAUAAAUUCUGCAUCCUUCUGAAUAGUGAUAUUAAAAAAAAAAAAGCUGCUGAGCUGGGAGGGAGAGUUGGACUUUUUUAUAAGUGCACUACAGCAUUAAAGUUGCCUACUAUGUAAAAUAUUACCCCUUCUGCUUUAUUUCCAUUGCUCCUAAGUCUUUGACAACAAAUUGAAACACAGAAUAUAUUCAUUUAAAUAUGCCUCCUGUUUGUGUGGACGUGUGAAUGUACAGUAUGUGUGUAUAAUAUAUAAAGUAUUAUAUGUAAACAAUUCAUUUACAACAUCGAGCUGUACCAGUACCUCUUUUUGGGCUAAUUUUGGUGCUAAAAAUUGAAAUGGCCAAGGAGGAAACACUUGAGUUAAUAUUUAAAAUAACUGAAGCGAUAAUCAGUAAAUACAGGUUUACAGUUCACUGCUGUGUUAAGAAAAAAAAAGUGUGUAAGGGUUUGGAUUUACGGUUGUGAACAUUAUUAGUCCUGUUUUCUAAGUAGAUCUCAUGAGAUUAUUAAAAAUUCACUUUUACUGAGUAAGUCUUGCAUUAUAUUUUGCCCACCUAUUUAUUAUUUAAGUCUGAAUCAAAUUUUAAAAAUGUAGUUGACGUGUGCAUUAAAAUUUGGGUAAGCGCUUCCAUUCUUCUGCUUCUGCUAAGCUACUAAAAUUGUAUCUUUGUCCUUUUGGCUUAUGAGUAUUGAUCGCAGCUAAGAACACUUUUCUGUUGUUCCACCAUUCCUCUACAGAAUGAGGCAGUCUAAAGGGAUGUGCUAAAUGCUGACUAGUGACUUUUUCUUUCAGACCAAGUUCUCUACAUUAGUCUAGGUCAGACUGAUACAAGGCACGAAAGGACUCUCAAAUAAUGACGGUAUUUUGAUGCAAGUUGCCACGUCCGAGUCAGUGCCAUUCUGGGGUAUUGCUGCACGUGUGGCAGUACUGUCCUUUGUGUUCUGGGUGUGCACAGUAUUGAAACCCAAAAGUGGGAAUCAAAUUGGCUACUGAUCUCCUUUGUUGUAACAUCCAACUUGCUAAACUACAGCCAUAGGCAGUAGCAGUUGAAACUUUUCCUUGCAGCUCUCUUCCAGCGUGCUUCCACUUGGCUCUGGUUGUAUUGCUUUCGAUGGCCUUGUGCCAGUUGUGUCUCCUAGCUUCUGCUGCAGAGGGAGUCCACUGUCACUCUUUUAACAUGCAGUGUGGAAGCCUGCCCUUGAUGAACUCUGACAGCCAACUAGCUUUCUGUAGGACGCAAAGAUACUUUGGGAUGGUCCCCACUUUUUAACCAUCACUGUGGUGUGCCGGAUUUGAUUUUGCAAGCUAGAAUGAAGAGAUUUCUUCAUGCAUUGUUUCCUACUGAUACUCAGUUUAUUUCAUCAAGGACUUCUGUAGAUAAUAUCCUGCAUUAUCUACUUGACUUUUUGUAUUACUGUUUUAUGGUUAUAUUUCAGUGAAACACUUAAGCAUGUACUUAACAUGUGCUUUAAACUGGAGCCUAAAUUUGCAUUUUAAAUUUGCAGUGAGCUGAUAGUUUCUCAUAGUACACAGUUCAGAUUUGACCCGAGGUGAAAAUGCAAAAUCCUUAAUAUUUUGCAAGUUAGUUCUUGUUAUCUGUAGUCUGUGAGGGCAGCAGACUUCCCCUCUCUUUCCCCCUAAGCAUUGAUAUUGAUUAUGCUAGUUUAAAGGAUAAUCAUAGUUGUUAAAUGUAGUAAAUAUUCCUGAAUUUGCAUUUUAUUCUCUGUAUAUUCUGUAUCAUGCCAUGGCUUGAGAACUCUAGGUGCUACUGGAGUUCAGUUGGCUUUCAGUGCUCUGCCCGUGCCUGUGCUGCUCAGUAUGGUUUUUUCCAUGAAAACUCCAUUUUGUAAUAGCAAUAAGACAUUUCAGGGCAGUCAUUGUACUUUCUCAGGUGAAUGGUCACCUAUCCUUUCACUUCCUAAAUUUUAAGCACUCUUCCAAAUGUAUUUUUUUUCACCUGGCAGUGCACUUUGUUGUCUGAACUGAAAAAGUGUUCUGAUAAAUGAUGUAAAUCUGUAUUUGAUGGAAGUUACAAAAGGUUUCAUAUUAAAUGUUUUCUGAAAUACUCUCUUCCUA